CUCAAAAUCUUAGCUCAUCAUCGAAACCAAUGUGUUAUCAAUUAAUUGAAAGGUACAGCGCUUGCCGAUGCCUUUAUUACCUGCACGCCGUAGACCGUUGUCCAGAUUUUGGACAGCCUGGUCAUGAUAUCUCCACUCGUACCAUAUUAAUAGGUUAUGCCUGCAUAAAGCAUACUCCGGCACCCUGGAUACUAUCACAAGCUGGUGGCGUUGUCUCUGCUAGGCCUGCCCCUACAUCGGAAAUACUGCAAAGACCAACGGACAAUAAGUCUGAAGAAGUUCACAAUGAUAAGUUCAAUCUCGAUAGUUCGGGUGUGGAUAAUUUGGCUCAGCCUGACGAGCAAAGUUUACUUUGGGAGAACAACCACGAAUCAGAAUUAGAGUCGGGAUCGGAUUCAUCUGAAUUAUGGGAUAAUGAAAGCAACGCAUCGGCAUCUUCGAUGUCAACUGUAGAUCCUGAUGUCGUCUCCAUGGCAUUUCAAAGGUUAGCCAAUUAUGGUAAUCUGAGAUGGUUUUGGUCAAAGGUCAUCAUUCGGAGUGGGUCCAUGAAAAGGGGUUGCCACACUGUCGAACGUUUCCUGCGCCGGUACGCAGACGACUUGGGGACAUGGGCGGAUAACCCUAUAAAUAAUCAACACAUGUCUUAUGCGGAUAGACGAGUUAGGGUUUCAGCUUGCCGCUUCAUUCGCAGGUCCCGAUUCAACUUAGCCGAGCGGAUAUGUCAGAUGCAUUGCGAUCGCACAUCCACCUCCGAAUCCCGACUUGAGAAGGACUCGGAGUACGGCUUUCUGUUGGACAUAACCGAGCGAGAAGAAGAAGAGGAACCUGAUGAACCUAACUUCGCUUACAGUCUCGCCGAGGAUUUCCUCUUCGAAACAGAGCCGAUUCGCAAGCUUGAAUUAAAUAUUUACACCUUCCUUCAAUCUUCAGAUGCCCAAACUCUCCCCACCACCAUUCGUGGCACAGCCGAACAGUACCUGGAUAGAUUUCUUAGCUAUCUCCAGAAACCUAGUCUAUCGAAAGGGAACAGGAGGCUCUCGUGGACAUGUAAAUGCGGUCGGAUUAUUCGUGAUAAUUAUACAGAGCUCCAACCGGGGGCAUUGGAUCGUUUACAAGAAUUACUCCAACAGUAUGGCAAAAUCCCAGAAACUGCGGCACUUAAUGAUGCGGGAAAUGCGCCCAAUUCCAAUCCAUCUGCGAAGGCAGGGUCAUUUCCAAGAUUCUCGUGGCAACAAUUGAAAGCCGGCCUCUCAAAUAAGAACAAGUCUCAUAAACUACCACAUCAGCACCAAGAUAAGGGCACAUACUCUAAGUUCGGUACAUGCUCAAAAUCAUCUAUAUCUGGUCCGAUGAGCCACAUGUUCGUCUUGAUGUGCAUUCCAUUCCGACGAUGGGGUACGAAACUCCAACAAGAAGAUAUUUGCGAUAUCAAAUCAGACCAACAGUUCUUCCGGGCCCUCAAUUUUUUCUAUCGCACCGAACGGGGCCGGAGCAAUUGGGCGAGACCAAAAAGAGUCAUAUCUAUCAACUUUGUUCAGUUCGAAGUCUUCCGCAGCCAUCUCGUCGACGUUAAACCUGGUGAUUCCAUCCCGCCCCUUGGGCAGCCAGGCUCCGACUACAUAUUUGAGCCAGUCGACAGCCUUCCACCUAUAGGUUCCAACAUGCUUAUGCACCUCCUCUCCCACCCCGAAGAUGCCGACAGUCUACCCGUCCUAUACAGUCGCAUUCCUAAGAAGUUGCGGCUGAAACUCGAAGCCUGUCCCAUCAAGGGUAGUUCGAUUGGCUGGGGAGUGCAAUUUGUCGAGGGGCUGGACUGGUCCAUUUUGUUCAGAUACGGUUGUAUUGGAUUCGCAAUAUGCUUAGUUGCGGCAAUAAGCUGGGCGGUACCGAGGAAUGAUGUGCAAGGUGGCUUUGCCAUUGCGGGAUUUAUGGUGGCCUUUUGUAUGUUUUGCGUGGGAGUUAUUGGGCACGAAAGUAAAGUUGAGUCUUAAUGUAUAGCACUAUGUGUGCUAGGGUUGGUAGGUACUCUGUAUUUGAUAGCUUAGGUAGAUCUGGGGUGCUGGUAUUUAUUAUUGAAGCUAUCGUUGUUGAGUAGCCAGUCGAUAAGCUAACAACAUCUCAAGUCAGGAAGUCAAAGGUAAGGAGGG